AUGAGUUUAAAUGAUCAGAAAGACGCUUUGAACCCUACCACUGACGAUCCUCAGUCGCAGCGUCAACAGAAAUCAAGAAAAUCAUAUCACAAAAAGUCCAAAACAGGCUGUGGGACUUGUCGCUCGCGACGGGUUAAGUGCGACGAGGUUCAUCCAAUAUGUGGGAACUGCGUACGAUAUGGAGUAGAAUGUUUCUACGAUAGAUUCAAGCCGGGAUAUCAAUACCGACACAACACAUCUUCAUCUUCAUCUCCAACGCCGUCAAAUGUGGCUACAAGCAGAUCCCCAAGGCAUCUACUCGAGCUUCAGCUCAUGUCUCAAUUCAUAACAAAAACCGUUGACUCCUUGCCGACUUCAACCCAACCAGAGUUGGCUAAGGUGUGGCGCGAAGAUGCACCUCGAUUAGCUAUGAAGCACCCAGCUCUUUUAGAUACUAUAUUUGCCUUGGCAUCUUUGCAUCUCACAUUAACUCAGCCAUCGAGUAACUGCUCUGACGCGCAUUGCCAAUACAUGGACUCUGUGCUCAAAGCCCACCGCGAGGAAAUCCGCAACGUUACUUUGUCUAAUGCGGAUGCUGUAUGGUUUACAUCCAGUCUACUGCGCUUCACUAUUUUUGCUAGACUUCAAGAACGGAACAUUGAGCCGUACACUCUCCCGGGAGAAUGGCUUAGCCUGAUGAGCAUGGCAGGCUCAACUUUUCGAUCUAUAUGGACAUGCGUUAGAGAGAACCCCGGCUCUGAAAAGCUAGUGACAAUGGAAUUGUUUCGUGCUUCUAUCCUCGCCCAGGAAUGGCACAAGCAGCCCGACGAUGUCAGUCCUCGAGCAUUUGCACACUUGCUCGAACGAGCCAUGCCUCGUGACGAACUUGAGCCGUGGGGCUCGGAAAUUAGUGAAACAUAUGCGCAGGCAGUCGAAGCCCUGGGAAAUAUCAAAUAUGCUAUUGACUCUAAGCAAGCGACAAAAUACGUUACCAUGCGUCUUGCUGCAUACCUAGGACUUCUGCCUCCAAAAUUCGGCCAGCUCGUACUCGACAAACAACCCCGUGCUCUCGUAAUAUUUGCGCAUUAUUUCACUCUGAUGGCGGACUACACCGAUGUAUGGACAAUAGGAGCCACGCCCCAGAGAGAAAUAACAGGUCUUUCAUCACUUAUUCCUGAGGAUUGGCAGCCAUUGAUGCAUUGGCCGCUUUCUGUCCGCGAUAGCAUACGGUCAGCGUCAAACAUGGAAGCGAUUAAUGACCUGAGUCAAUUUACAAUAUGA